CUGCAGGACACAGAUCUGAUUAUGACAUUCAACAUCUCCAUGCAUCGCUCCUGGUGGAUGGAGAACGGCCCGGGGUGCAGGGUGACCCCGGUGACCCCUCCUCCCUCCUGGGCCCCGGAGGACCAUCGCUACAUCAGCAUCACCGGCUGUCUGCUGGAGUACCAGUAUGUAGAGGUGGCCCACAGUUCCUUGCAGAUUAUCCUUGCUCUUGCUGGGUUCAUCUAUGCCUGUUAUGUUGUGAAGCUCAUUUCAGAAGAGGAGGACAGCUUUGACUUUAUAGGAGGGUUUGAUUCAUAUGGUUACCAAGGGCCACAGAAGACGUCACAUUUGCAACUACAACCAAUGUACAUGUAA